AUGAAGGGAGUUCAGCGAUUUAAUAGAAAGGGAAAGCUUGCCCUAAGAUAUAUUAGUCCGUUCAGAAUUUAUGAGCGCAUUGGAGCCGUAUCAUAUAGGCUAAAUCUUUCAGCAUCGAUGUCGAGUAUACAUGAUGUCUUCUAUGUUUCGAUAUUUAAGAAGUAUUUUCGCGACGAGGAGCAGCAGCGAGUGUUUGACGCACCAGAGGUUGAGCUUCAUGAUGAUUUGACCAUGAUUGAGAUUCCAAUUUGUAUUCUUGCCAAGAAGGACAAGAAGCUUAGAAACAAAGUGAUAUCUUUAGUCAAUAUUUAA